ACCUGCAGCCCAGGGAGCAGGGGGUGCCGGGGUGAUUUGCAGCCCCCCCAGCUGUUGCAUGGGUUUCCCAUUCCUGGAUGGUUGCAGUAACACUGGGAUUCCCCGCUGACACGACACAGCCGCAUUGCUGUAUAGGCUGUGCUCACCCAGGAUGGAGCUACAUAAGCUUUGGAGGUUAUGAAUGGUCUACCUGCCCUCCUGCUCUCACUGACUACGUAUCGGGGCUGCCCCUGGGUCCCCCCUCUUGGAAGCUGCAUCCCGUCAGUUGUUGGUGGUACCACCUCUGUCUUCUCCCAGCCUCCACUCAUCUCAUGUGUCCUCUGGGCUUCUGACUUCUUCUGAGCACCUCAAUGUAGAGAAGAUGUCUCAGAGGUCACCGUCCACCAGUGGCUCUUACCCCAGGAGUGCGCAGAACACGUCCGGAUCAGAGGCCGAUGUCCUGUCCCAGAGUUCAGAUCUAAGUGACAGAAAGGUGCGAAGGAGGGAGAAGAACAGAGUCGCCGCCCAGAGGAGCCGCAAGAAACAGACGCAGAAAGCAGACAAGCUACACGAGGAGUAUGAGAGUCUCGAGCAGGAAAACGCUUCGCUGAAAAAGGAUAUUGGGAAACUCACAGAUGAGCUGAAACACCUGAGCCAGGUGCUGAAGGACCACGAGCAGCUAUGCCCUUACCUCCACUGCCCAGUGAACUUUGUGGCCGUGCCCAGGAUGACAGAUGCUGUGGCUGGCUGCCUGCCUCGAUGACCCAAACUCUUCACCAAUGGACCAACCAAGCUACUACGUGCAUGUUCUCUGUUGGGUUCCAAGACUCAAUCCUAAAGGUUUGGCCGUCGGAUCAGCGAAUGGGAUCUGGAAUAUUACGCAAUGGAGGAAAAAUGGGUCACAAAAGACUUUGCACUUUUAGAGAAGCCUUCAUAUGGGACGGGAGUAGGCUGAAUGCUAGAGGAAGACUUCCAGGUUGGGCUUCUGUACUAUGCGAACCUCUGCUGAAUAUGCCCUGGUUACCUCUACUCAGUGAUCAUGCAGAACAGUUAUACCAACUCUUAGAUGUUUUUAUGUCACAGCUGUAUGAUAUUAGGAAAUAUGUCUAAAUAUCACCCUAUUGUUUAUUUAUCAUAUUGUGUAUAUAUCCAGCGCCUGCAAUAAUCCAGGUGCGUGCAACCUGUUACUCUCUGUUGUGGAACUGCAAACCCGUGCCCUUUCAGAAGACGUAUAACUGAGGAGCGACGGGGGUCCAUAACCUGGCACAGAGGAACUGAUAAUGUAGGUAUUGCUGGGACUUUUAGUUCCAAAGCAGCUGGCCAAACUUUAGUGUUGUAAUGAACGUCUAAUAAUCACUAACAUGUAUUCUUCAUAAUAGGAACCUUUUCUCCAUUUAGGGAGCAAGAAUCUUAGAGGAAACAUGGUUCUUUACUAGAAAAGGGUCUGGAAACGGAACAAGAAAAUGAAAUCCUUAGGUCUGGAUGAUAUUCACCCAUGGACACUAAGGGGACUAUAUUUUCAUGGCGCUCUUCCAAACUUUCAGUAACUCUCUGUCCUCUGAUCUGGUGUCUGCACAUAAGUUAUAAAACAUUUCUCAUGUCAUUGAUUGAACUGGGGGACUGAGGAAAGUUGUUGAUAAAGGGCCGCCUUAUUCAGGUGUGUUAGCAAACCAAAAAAGCAGACUAACGGGCAAAACCAUGUGCACUGCAGGUGGGGCAGAUGUAACAUGUGCAGAGACAGUUAGAUUUGGGUAGGGUGUGUUCAAACUGAAAUAUAAAUUGCAGUGUAAAAAUAAAGCAGCCAGUAUUUGCCCUGCACAGAAACAAUAUAACCCACCCAAAUCUAACUCUCUCUGCACAUGUUACAUCUGCCCCACCUGCAGUGCACAUGGGGGGUAAUUCCAAGUUGAUCGCAGCAGGAAUUUUGUUAGCAGUUGG